AGCGAAGCUUGGACUCGCGAGACUUUGCUGGUUCCGCAUUUCGGGGCGGCAGGGUGGGGGUGGCGGCUGAGGCGGGCGCGGCGGCUGGCAACGGCUCGACCCCCCCCUCCCCCGGCUCUGAGCAGCGACCACCUGGGCUUCCGCCCCCGUACGGACAGAGGGCCGCUCUCUCCUCCGGGGCUCCGGCGCCCGUUCGGUUUCCUAAGCCGCGGGGCUCCCGUCCCCAUCCGCCCGGAAGAUGAGUUUCCUCUUCAGCCGCUCUUCUAAAACAUUCAAGCCAAAGAAGAAUAUCCCUGAAGGGUCUCAUCAGUAUGAACUCUUAAAACAUGCAGAAGCAACCCUAGGAAGUGGGAAUCUGAGACAGGCUGUUAUGUUGCCAGAAGGCGAGGACCUCAAUGAAUGGAUUGCUGUUAACACUGUGGAUUUCUUCAAUCAGAUCAACAUGCUAUAUGGAACUAUUACAGAAUUCUGUACUGAAGCAAGUUGUCCAGUAAUGUCUGCUGGUCCAAGAUAUGAAUAUCACUGGGCAGAUGGUACUAAUAUUAAAAAGCCAAUAAAAUGUUCUGCACCGAAAUACAUUGACUAUUUGAUGACUUGGGUUCAGGAUCAGCUUGAUGAUGAAACUCUCUUUCCUUCUAAGAUUGGUGUCCCGUUUCCCAAAAAUUUUAUGUCUGUGGCAAAAACCAUUCUAAAGCGUCUGUUCAGGGUGUAUGCCCAUAUUUAUCACCAGCACUUUGAUUCUGUGAUGCAGCUGCAAGAGGAGGCUCACCUCAACACCUCCUUUAAGCACUUUAUUUUUUUUGUUCAGGAAUUUAAUCUGAUUGAUCGUCGUGAGUUGGCACCACUUCAGGAAUUGAUUGAGAAGCUAGGAUCAAAAGACAGAUAAAUACUUCCAGAGCACAGUUACUCUUCUGCUUCAUCUACUGCUAGAACUGUCUCAUUGCUACUUGUUAUAGACUAGUGAUACAGACUUCACCACAAAACAGGAUAACUGGAUAUCUAUUGUCUGUGUCUACUGAUAAAGUUAUUCCAAAGGUAGGUUGACCUGCAGACUGAGAAAUCAAGGACGCAGCUGAAUCGAAGCACUGUGUGACCACUUCUGCUAUUUUUGGAGUGAUACUUGUUUGUAGUAUGUGAUGAGUAACAUAUAUAGCUUUUUGUUUGCUUUCUUAACUAGUGAUUUCUUUGAAUGACAACAUAAUUGAUAUUAAGAGUUUUUACCAGUAAUUUAUUAACAAAUUUCCAGAACAAAUUUUCUACUAAAACAGUUGGAUCAGUUUUAUUCUUUUUUUAUUUUAAAAUUAGAACAAGUGUUUUCAGUUUUAUUAAGAUUUAAAGCAUCUGUGUUACUUUGGAUGACCUCUUAAUUUGGCUGUUUAUGUGUUAGUUUUUUAUAGCUCAGAAUAUAUAGAUCUAUAUAUUUUUCAAAAUCCAUGAUUGCCGUUUAUGACACGUGGUAUUGGAGUAGCCAAAGUUAUUUCUGAACUAAUUUUAUUAUUUAAUUUUUAUUUGAGAUUUUAUUCAUAUUAACCUACAUAAAUCUUGAGAAUUAUAUAUAUCAAAUAAUUUUUAAAGACCUCUACCAAUGAUGUUGUAAAGUUUUUAUUUUGAAAUGCUACAUCCAGAUUAGUUUGUAGUUUUAGGCUGAAAAAAAAAAAAAAGAAAACUCUCCUCAAAUUAGGACAAAUAUAGGUCUCAAAACCACUAUUUUUCUUUACAUUGUUUUUUUCAGUGGUAUUAAAAGUCUGGAUAGGAGAAUGGAGGAAGGUAGACUACUUUAUAGGGUUUUUGUUUUUUUCUUUUUUUUUUGGUAUUGAGUUCCUUUUGAAAUUCUAUAUGUGACUUUUUUGUGUGUGAAAUUAAAAGUAGUGUAGAAGUGCACAUUUCCCCAGUAUAGACACAAUUUAAGAAAGAAGAAAAAAAACAUAAAGGUGCAUACAUCUUGUAAUACAACUAAGAAUUUGGUAUACUGCCUAUGAGAGGGAGAGGGAGAGAUAGAGAGGGAGAGAGAGAGAGGGAGAGAGAGAGUGUGUGUGUGUGUGUGUGUGUGUGUGUGUGUUUAAAGGAAGCAGUGGGAGGAAUAAAUGAAUGAUAUAAAAAUCAACUUCAGGGCCAAGGAUGAGUAGUUCAUUGGUGAAGCAUAUGCUUCACAUGUGGAACCUGAAGUUUGACGUCUAGCAUCCAAAUUUUUUUUCAUUUUAUUAAUAGACGAAUGGAUUGGGAACCCAUUGGGAUUUUAUCCUGGUUUUUUUUUUUUUUUUUUUUUUUUUUUUGUAUCAAGACUUGAAGUUUUCUGGUAUAAGGAAAAUUUCCCUUUAAAAAAGAAAACUCCUAAUUUUCAUUUUGAUUAUAGGAUUUAGUAAACUCUAGCUGAAUGCUUAAAAUGCACUAAAGCAUUGUAGUGCUAAUAAAGACCUGCCUGCCAUGUUAGUAAAGCUUUGAAGUUCCUCAGCUGUGAUUUUUGCAAAAUAACAUCCAACUUCCUCGAUGACUUUGAUAAAUAAUAAAUUUAAUAGGGUUGGUACUUAUUUUUAUAAUUCCAUUGGACUUUAGUGACAAAAAUUACUUAGAAACUUCAUUUUUGCAGCAGCUCAUUUUCAGUAAAGUCUUUCUAAACAGAACUUAAAGGAAUUGAAACACUAUAUCUAAUUUAGCCUGAAACCAUUCAUUGAGGAAUUAAAAAGUGAGAUCAUCACUUGAGAAAGAGAAAAACUCUCAGUGAAACAGUACACACUUAAGUUUACCCAAAGGCCCUACCACAUAUUCAUAAAUGAUCAACACAUAUUUGUGUUGAUCAUUUAUGAACAAGAAAGCAGGCUUUGAAAUACCACCUAGAAUGUUACUACAGUCUCUGUAGAUGUAAGACCUCAUUAAAGAUAAUUUUCUUUAAGUCUGAAAGGAGUGAAGUCACUUUACUCAGCAAUGGUUGUACUUUCAUCAUCUCCAGCACAUAUAUUCUCAAACAAAAGCACUCUCACUUUCAUCCAUUUAUUUUCAGUGAUAGAAAUACACCUUCUGUUUAUGACUCAUCUCCAAAAUGAGCCAAAGAUGGCCACACACUAGAACAGCAAAAGUAUCUUAUUAAUGGGACAUAAAUAAUUUUAAUUGUUAGCAUCCAAGACCAAAAAGUCAGAGCAGGCAAAAUUUGGAGGUAAGAAAAGAAUGAGAAAAUGGUGCCUUCCUGACUUGGUUAAAGGACCAACCUUUGAUAAGAAUUGUAAGAAAAUCUUUUCUUUUUUUCCUUCCCUCUCUUUGAUCUCCCUGUGCCUGGGUUCUGCCUGUUCUAUAGCAUUCACUCCCCUUCUUCAUCAGAAGUCAUCCACUCUCAAGUCAUCUUGCCCCUCACACUUGGUGACUUUACAGUCAUGGGAGUGAGAGUACCUGCUAAAAUGACGCAUUUAAUCUUAUGGUGCUUUAAUUUCCAAGUUAAAAAAAAAACUUUUUGACAGUGAUGUGCAUAAUUUUAAGUAUUGGAACUUCUUAUACUUCAGAUUUUAUGAGGGAGCCAAUUGUAUACUUUAUUCUCAAGAUUGUGAAUAAAGUAAUUUUAUGGGACUUUCAGCCAACCAAAUAUUUUCUUUCACCUUUGACCUACAGAGCCUUAAUUAAGCCUGCUAGAGAAAUGCAAAUCAUGGCUUUGAUAACAACAAAGGGAAGGUUUUCCUUGUAGUAUUGAGGCCAGAGAAACUAUCCUGGUGGUCAUUUUAACUUUUUCAAAGCUUGAGAUUUCUUGAUUAUACUGUUCACCCUGAGCAGUGAGGUUAUACAAGUAGAACCUCUAAAUAUAAACACCAUUACCUCAAACAUUAAAAAAGAAAAAUGAGACCCAAAGAGUGUAAAUCCUAAAUAGUUAUUUCUAAGCAGCCCUAGUCAUAGUGCUGGUGUUGUCCUUGCCUGGCUUUAGGUGACUGUCAUCUGUCCCCAAAAAAUGCAGGUUGGGACAUCAAGUUCAGCACUUUCAAUAGGGAUGUUUCCUCCUGAUAGCAGUUCUGUAAGUGGAUUUGGUUUUUACUGUUGUAGAAUUCUGGCAAAGAGAAGAAAUAGUGGUCUCUUAGUCUUCCUGUGUUUUGCAUUAGGUUUUAAUAUUACUAGCUGUAAAUGACUUUGGUGGGGGUCUAUUACAUGUGGGAGCAAUAAUUGUGUUGAAGCAACUGCAUUGAAAUUCAUUUGUUUUCCUCUCAUUAUCUGAUCCUAUUCCAGAAAAGUAUUCUGUAAGUCCAAAUGGUGGAUUGCCAGCGUGCUGUAGAUUUAUUAUACAACAACAUUCUGUGUUUGGUCACCAUUGAAAAUAGUUUGCAUAAGUUAGUCUUUUUACCACCUAAAUAUUUUUUAAGGUUCUUUACAUAAAAAUUUAUGUUGUAUUUUUAAACCUCUAGGGGCUCUAUCUAUUUUUCUAAGUCAGUUAACUGAACGUAAGAAAAGUAUUUUGUAUCUACUUUUGUAAUUUCAUCUGAAUAAAGUAUAUUGAAAGAAA